AUGGAACUUCAAUGGUUAUGGAUGUUUGCUGCCACUUUGUUGACAUGCUACAUUUUUGUUAGCAAAGUUAUGAGGAACUUGAAUGGAUGGUAUUAUGAUCUUAAAUUUAAAAACAAACAAUAUCCACUGCCUCCCGGUGAUAUGGGAUGGCCUUUUAUUGGAAACCUAUGGACCUUCUUCAAAUAUUUCUCGUCUGGUCGCGGUGAAACGUUCAUCAACAACAUUGUUCACAAAUUUGGACGAAUUGGUAUUUACAAGACUCAUCUGUAUGGAAGUCCAAGCAUCAUUGUCAUUGCACCUGCUAUAUGCAAGAAAGUCUUAAUUGAUGAAGUGACCUUUAAAAUUGGUUAUCCAAAAGCUGCCACUGAACUAGCAAAAAGUAAGUUACUAAAUAGUGAAAAUGGACGUUUUAAACGACUAGUCGCGGCUCCUAUCAUUGGUCGGAAUGUAUUAGAAAUGUACUUAGAGCGUAUUGAGGAUAUUGUGAUCAACAAGCUAGAAGAAUUGUCUAGCAUGAAACACCCUGUUGAGUUCCUUAUGGAGAUGAGAAAAGCUUCUUUUGAAUUCGUCAUUCACAUUUUCUUAGGCUCUUGUGAUCAAAGUAACGUAAAGAAAUUUGGAGAUUUGUUUAAUGUUAUGUGUAUUGCAUUGUUCUCUUUGGUGCCCAUAAAUGUACCUGGUUUUGCUUACAACAAAGCAUUAAAGGCACGUAUGAAGUUUGUCAAGAUAGUGCAAUAUAUUAUUUAUGAAAGGAGAAUGACGAUAAAAAAUGGACAAAAUGGGAAAAAUAAUGAUUUGUUAGACAUUAUUUUGCAAAUCAAAGACGAAAGUGGUGAAAAAUUUGAGGAUAAGGACAUUAUUGACUUACUGAUAACGUUUCUAUUUGGUGCUCAUGAAACAAUCGCAACUACCAUUAUGUGGUCAGUUAUGUAUCUUACACAAAAUCCACUUUGUUUGAAGAAAGCUAAGGAAGAGCAAGAAGAGAUCAUGAAAGCAAGACCACCCUCGCAAAAACGAUUAAGUAUUGAUGAAAUUAAACAAAUGGUUUAUCUUUCUCAGGUCGUUGAUGAAACAAUACGCCAUGUCUCUAACUUUUCAACUUUUCGAGAAGCAACAACUGAUGUGAACAUAAAUGGUUAUUUCAUACCAAAAGGAUGGAAAGUAUUAGUUUGGCUAAGCGCUCUUCAUAUGGAUCCAGAGCAUCACUCAAAUCCAGAAGAAUUCAAUCCAACGAGAUGGGAUGAUUAUAACCCCACAACAGGAUCCUUUAUUCCUUUUGGAGUAGGUCGGAGGCUUUGUCCGGGAAGAGACCUAGCGAGAUAUAAAAUAUCUAUAUUUUUGCACUAUUUUGUCCUAAAUUACAGGUUGGAGCGAAUAAAUUCGGAAUGUCCGCUUACUAGUUUCCCACAACCUAAACCAAUAGACAACUGUUUGGCUAGGAUAAUAAAGCUCUCUAAUUCUUAA